AUGCCACCAGCAGCCACUGUUGAUGAGAAUCGCUCAAAUAAUGGGUGGGUGAACCUGUUGAUCGAGUCAGUGAACGUGCCAUUGGAUACAGAUGGAUCACUUCUUUUCUCGACUGUUCAAUCGCUUAUCCCCGGCGCACAUGGACUCUAUUUUCGAGAUAAUGGACAAAGAAAAGCGUUGAGUCUUGACUCAACGACAGGAAAAGUGCUUUCUCCUUUUGGCGGCUGGACAGCACAAGAGAUUUAUGUGCAUUUAGCUCAUGGUCAUCGACAUGGUGCAAAUUGUGGUUAUGGUGGAGAGUACACGAAAGCUUCCGAAAUUUUCGAAAGAAAUUUGAGCGCUGUGCAAAAAUUGAUUUCCCAAGCAGGUCUAGGAUUUGGCGGCGCAAAGAGGACAGGAGAUGCAAAGGCUAGUCCAAAGCGAUCGCACAAGCCAAAGAGCGGCUUUGAAGCACAACCUGAGGAAGUGCAUGUGUCGGAUGAGAGCGAAUCUUAUCUCCAGCAACAAUUAGAUGCGAAGAAGAAAGAGCUUGAGCAAAUCAAUUCCGAAAAAGCUGAAUUGGAGUUGAGACUAAAAGACACCGAGAAUCUCUUGGAGGCGCAGAAAAGAGAGAAUGAAGAGUUGAGGACGAAUUUAAACGAAACAUUGACCCAAUCAGUUCCGGAAAUCAUUAUCGGAUCUCCUGAGCCAACUCCCACUUCAUCUUCGGAUAAAAAAAGAAAAGGCAAAAAGGGAAAAACUCCUGAAGAUUCGAGAGAUUUAGCAAUUCAACAAUUACAACAGGAAUUAGAAUAUGAAAGACAAAAGUGUAAUGAUUUAUCCUCUCAACUUGCUGCUAGCUCAUCAUCUGAAAGUGUGACGUUAGCUGAGAGAAAUGAAGCUCAAGCAAGGAUUAUCAAACUUCAGACUGAACUAGACGCUGCUCAUCAAAAAAUCCAAGAGCUCAUCGAGAAAGAGGAGGAGAUGAAUAAUCUUCACAAUUUGAUAGCCGAUUUGCGAAAACGUUUAACGUUAACGCAAAAGGAGAAAAUCGAAGUGGAAGCACAUUUGGGGUCAGCACAAGAAAAAGUCUCUGUUCUUGAGCAACGUGGUCCGAGAGCUGAUGAGUUAGAGAAAACGGCUCUCCUUACCGAGAGGAAUUCUUAUUUGGAGCAAACAAUCAACGCUCUUCAACAUCAAUUGGGAGAGGCUUGUGAUAAGUUGAGUCAAACAACGACAAACAAGGAUGAUUUAAUCGGUAGAAUGGGUGAAGAGAGGGAAAAAUUACAAUGGAAGAUUGGAGAGCUUACUCAAUGGUGGAAUGAUGCGAAAUGGAAAAUUGGUGAGCUUGAGGCUGGGAAUAAAAAGUUGACUGAAGAUCUGAUGGCGGCGAGUCAACAAUUGGAGAAGUUGAUGGAGGAUACUCGAAACGUGACUCCAUCGGGCGUUAAUGAGGCGAUCGCUGGGCCAGCUUCUAGAGCCACCUUUUCCGUCAAUCGACACAGUGAUCGAUGGCAAUUGCAGUCAUAUAUCAACACUGAUCCAAUGGCCCCACACUCGUCAACCUCUCCCCACCACCCACCACCAUCACCACUUCCAUUCCAAUAUCCUCAAUAUCCACCAAUCCCUUCAUAUCCAAUGCCAAUACCAUUUUUCUAUCCACCAUACGGAUUUCCAAAUCUUCAACCACAAAUACAAAAUGAGACAAGAAGGGUACUCUUUGAGAUCGAGGCACCUGAGGCAAAGACUAUUUUCUUGGCGGGUUCCUUCUUGAAUUGGGAAGUGGCACUCCUUUGUCGACCACUCGGAAAUGGAAAACACGGAGUUUGGGUGGAUGUGCCGAGGGGACAAUACGAUUUCAAAUUCCUUGUGGAUGGCGAAUGGAAAGCUUCACAAUCGUAUCACAUUUCAAACAACGAAUACGGAUCGAUGAACAAUAGUCGAAAUGUUGAA